AAGUCUCAAGUCUCAACAACCCAACCAGUGUCAUUUGCUACCAUUGUUUUCAACUACAAGGAGGCAACAACCUUUCCUCACCCAGGAAUCAACAGAUUGACAACAAUACCACCUCGGAUGUCCAAACCACUAUUCAUGGCCUCCGUUUUCCUAUUCCUCCUCUGUCUCCUAUUCCUCCUCCCUCUUUCAGCCACCGCCAACCUCCACAAAUCCAACAUCCUCCUCAAUUCAAGCCUCCUCUCCGCCGCCACCACAUCCCACCUCAAUGACACCCCACCAACCCUCUACUUCGAAGUCGCCAAACCCAUUAGAGUCCCCAAGACUCAACCUUGCGUCCACCGCAUUCUCCACCAUGAUUUUGGCUAUACUUAUGGGAAACCCCCUGUUUUUGCGAACUACACCCCUCCCUCUCACUGCCCAUCUCACGAUUUCUCCAAGAUUGUCCUUGAAUGGAAUGCUACCUGCAAAGGAAGGCAAUAUGAUCGGAUUUUUGGGGCCUGGUUAAGUGGGGUCGAGCUUCUUAGGAGCUGCACGGCUGAGCCUAGAGCUACUGGGAUUGUUUGGAGUGUCAAGAAGGAUAUAACAAGGUAUUACUCUUUGCUUCUCAAGAAUGAGACACAAAUUUUUGCUGUUUAUAUGGGUAAUGUUGUUGAUCAAACUUAUACUGGUGUGUAUCAUGUGGAUGUGACUAUUUAUUUUUAUCCUGCUGAGAAGAAAUUUAAUGAUAUUGAGAGCAAUUUGGAGAAUUUAGCAUCUGGGUAUGGGUCCAGGGCUGAUUUAAUCUUACCCAUUUCACGGAAUUUGCCAUUGAAUGAUGGGUUGUGGUUUGAAAUUGAGAAUUCCACAGAUACGAAGGGAAAGGAAUUCAAAGUUCCUCCAAAUGUGUAUAGGGCUGUGUUGGAGGUUUAUGUGUCAUUUCAUGAGGAUGAUGAGUUUUGGUAUGCAAAUCCCCCAAAUGAUUAUCUUUCGGCUAAUAAUAUAACAGACACAGCAGGAAAUGGACCUUUCCGGGAGGUUGUGGUUAGUCUUGAUGGCUAUGUAGUUGGUGCAAUUUGGCCUUUUACUGUGGUUUACACUGGAGGGAUUAAUCCGCUUCUAUGGAGACCAAUUACUGGCAUUGGAUCAUUUGAUCUUCCUACAUAUGAUAUUGAAAUUACUCCUUUUUUAGGGACCAUAUUGGAUGGUAAAGUGCAUAAGUUGGGGUUUAGUGUUACAAAUGCUUUGGAUGUGUGGUAUAUUGAUGCUAAUUUGCAUCUCUGGUUGGAUAGUAAGAACGCUCAUACUGAAGGGAAGCUUCUUAAGUAUCAAGUUCAGCCUCUUCAGAUUUCCUAUUCAUCAGAUUUCAAGGGUUUAAAUGGAACGUUCUUGACAAAAGUAAAUAGGUCCAUUUCCUCAACUGGAUGGGUCAAGUCAUCUCAUGGCAUGAUCUCGACCACAGCAAUUCAAGACUUGAGUUAUAGUAACUUCAUGGUGAUAGGAGAUGAUGGGAAUAUGGAGAUAGUGAAUCAGGAGAUCCAUUUUAAUGACAGUGUUCAUGUCAAGAAGCCAUACUCUUUCUCCAAAGGAAAGAAAUCGAAUAAGAGGUUUCUCCUUUACCUGUACUCCAAUGAUCUGGAUCAAGGAAACGGAACUUCAUUAUCUGUGGCAAAUGUUACUCUGGGAUUCGAUGCUAAGAAGUUCGGAGUCACUGGUCUUGGAUUCAGACGGCCUGUAAGUUCUCUCAAGAAUUUGCAGAAUGGGCAAGGUGUUAUGGUUGUGAAGGACAACUUGGUUGUCAGUGGAGUGGGGAGCACCCAACAAAACUACAAGUAUGAUGGCAAUAAAUUUUGCUACUUUAGGAACAUUAGCAGCUCCAACUACACCAUUCUUUAUGAUGAAGUCGGAAAUGCAUGCAAUAAACGAAUAAAGUCUUUUGGUUUUUGGCAUAGCAGCAGAUGGAUACCUUCUCAAGCUCAAGGAACUUUUCUAGCAUCUGAUUAAAUUCAUGAUCAUGGACCUUAGCACUUCAACUCAUCCUUGAGUCAUUUCAUUGGAGAAUUUCUUUGCAAUUAAAUGUUCCAAUGAUUGCUUCAUGUUGAUAGGCCAAAUAAACUGUAAGUGUUUCUAAGUUCUUAGUUAUUUUGAAUGUGAUAAACCAACACACACUCUGGUUUUUCUUUCCAGAAAGAAUUCAUAAUAAGUUUAAUCCUUAAAC